CAAAAUCAGCAGGCUAAUGCUAGCUUGCUGGUUGACUUUGUUUGAUAAACGGUUUUAAUGUGUAAUCUUCCAACUGAGUCUAUUUUAAAUAAUCCGAAUAUAUAUUUAUAGUUUUUCGUUCAGGAAGAUAGCGUCACAUCGUAUAUCUUUCGAAUCCUAUGCGCACAAAAUAGCUUCCGUCCUUUAGCUUUCUGGAUAAGGCACGCAUGUCCGUAUUUCCAGAAUGACCGACAAGGACUUUAUUACUCUGGCUUAUUCUAAAAGUCCAAAGGUGUCCAGAAGAACCACCUUCCAGGAUGAACUGCAGGCUGUGGUCUCCGCCAGGGCCAGCCGAACGAAUGCUGACCGAUAUUCAUUUUCGGAUGACCUAGAUGAUGAGGAAAACGACUUUCUGAAACAGCUCGGGUCGAGGAGAAACCGAGCCAGUGCCUUCAAGACCGGGAGGAGCAAAGCCAAGAUCAACGACUUUGACCUUUCAGACGAUGAGUCUAAACACGGUGCUGCAAAGAAAAGAGUUUCCUUCCUCAAGACCCAGAGAGGCGGCUCCCCGUUGGAGAGCACGUCCCUCAAGGAUGCGCCUGAGAAGCACCGCCCUGACACCAUCACCAGGGGUCCGUCCGACCACACCCCGUCUCCUGCCGACAGCGUCGACAGAGGAGACUCGGCCGACAGAAGCGGUGGGGAUCACGCGUCCCUUUGGUCGACUUCGCUGUCACGACAGACGUCUGAUGUUAACAGUCCGGCACCGAAGUCGCCUUUGACCUCACCGUUCGACGAUGGCGGGGACGAGGCAGUGAGUCGCACGUCUCCUCCUGGCGAUAGCCAAGAGGAACGCCACUCGGUUGGAGACCAGGAGAGACCAAACUCUAGCUCUCCCGAGCUGAGACCCGGCCAAGUGGAUGCAGCCUCAACCGAUGCUGGUGUAGAUGGCGUCGCUGGAAGGCCUGCCCCCAGACCCAGACCCAGAGCCAGGCAGAGAUCCAACGGUCCGGGCCCCCGGGUUGCAGAGAGCACUUCUGCAGAACCCCAGUCUUCACAGAGCCUCCACUCCAUAUCUGACGGGUCCCUCACACACCCAACACCUGUCCCCCCCAUGGAUGGGGUCACUCCCAGAGACCUAAGUCCACCUGGGUCAGAGGGGGAUGGCACGACGUCGUCAAAUAGUCAGUCUUUGCCGUUACCCCGAAGUGAGCCGUUAACCUCCCUCACCAGGACCACGAUGGACUCUGCCAGUCUAGACUGUCUGUAUUCGGACGACAGCAAAGAGCCUGAGCGGAAUUACUCUACGUCGUUUGAAGAAUUUCAAAAAGAUUUGGAAGAACAGCUGGACCCGGCCGGACAUCGCCAUAGCAUCGGAAACAUAUCUGAUCCCAGGCGGCCACCAAGUUCCCUCAUCAGAAGCUCUGGCAGGUCCAAGAGUGCGUGUUCGUCCAGAGUAGAGUCCCGUUACCUGGGGAGCCUGAAGCUACUGGACCACAGUUCUGCUCCGGGUCAGCCCCAGCUGGAGGCAGGAGACUCUCUCAGAGCUGCGGUUUACCAGGAAUGGCUCAGAAAGAAACAGGAGACAUCGAAAGAACGAGAACAGCAGAAGAAGAGAGAGUAUUCCCUUAAAGAAGAAAAACAUAAAACGGAUGAGAGCGACAAGAAGGAAAAUGCACUGGCGUCUUUUGAGGCUUGGAAGGAAAAGAAAAGUGAAACACUGAAAGCAAAAGCCAGAGAAAAAGAGGCCAUGGCAAGAAAACAACAGAAAGCAGCAGCAGAUUCAGAAGAGAAGAAGCAGAUGGCUAAAGAGGUAUUUGUGAAAUGGAAGAAGGGGCAUGACGAGCUGUUGAGAAAGAAGUACAGAAUACAAAAAGAAGCUGAAAACAAACUGAAGCAGAAGAAAAUGGAAAAGGAGGAAGAGCGUAAGACAUGCAGCAAAUAUUUUUAUUCAGAUUGGAGCGAAACGAAGAAGAACGUCAUAGGUGAAAAAGUGACCAUCGAGCGCAAAAAAAGCAAAAAGAAGGCAGAGGAGGAGAAGAGCGAGAAGGAAGAGAAAGAUAAAAUGGCUUUGGAGAUGUACGAAAAGUGGCUGACCAUGAAGGAGCGUGACCUGAGGAGGCAGAAGGAGGAGAGGAGGAUCCAGGCUAUCCUCCAGGACACCCCCCCGCCGCCCUGGAGCCCCCCCAAUAAAACCAUACCUCAUAGGAAAUAACACGCUCAUCUCCAAUCACUGUUGUUAACACAACACACCUUACAGGAGGAAAAACAUACUGUGUUCCCAACCACGUUUGGACUUUUAUGCUGAGAAUUAGGAGAGCCCUCUUUUAAUCAGUCUACUUAGACCGGGUCUGAUUUUCUGUGUGUGUGUGUGUGUGUGUGUGUGUGUGUGUGUGUGUGUGUGUGUGUGUGUGUGUGUGUGUGUGUGUGUGUGUGUG